UUACAAGUUUAAGUUCUAAACAAGAUACGUUUAAUUUACAAUUUUAAUUCAAUCCAAUUUCAAGACCAUUUUAUCCCACUGUGUAUCGUCAUUGUUAUUAAUCUAUAUUCACUUCAUGAGACACGAAUUCAUUCAGUUAGUAAUUUCAAUAACUUGCAGACAAACAGAUGUGCGUGGGUUACUUCAUUGCCAAACUUUCAGUUUUUUUUUUUGUUAUCAUAAUUAUUGAAGCACUUGAAUUAUUUUAAUAUGUUUGUCGUGCGAUCGCGUAUUUUCACUCUCUCCCCUCAUAAAAGUAUCUAUUUUUGGCGUCAAGUUCAAUCAAUAUCUUAUGACAAUUCCAAUCCAAAUGAAAUUACCGACUCACACCCCCUCAAGGGCGUACGUAUACUCGAUUUGACACGAAUUAUUGCUGGCCCAUUUUGUACCAUGAUUUUGGCCGAUCUUGGUGCCGAAGUAAUUAAAGUCGAAAAACCUGGGAGUGGUGAUGAAUCUCGCAAAUGGGGUCCACCUUUUUUACCAAAUUCCAAGGACGCUGUUUAUUUUUUGGCAUCAAAUAGAAAUAAAAAAAGUGCUUGCAUUGACAUUAAGAAAGGUUCACAUAUUAUAAGAGAGUUGGCCGCAAAGAGUGAUGUUUUAGUCGAAAAUUAUGUUCCCGGAAAGCUGUCAGAAUAUGGUUUAGAUUAUGAGGGUAUUAAAAAAGUGGCGCCCGGGUUGGUGUACUGCUCACUAACAGGCUAUGGAUCCGAGGGCCCCUAUAAAAAUCGCCCUGGUUACGAUGUGAUUGCAGCUUCAAUUGGUGGACUUUUACAUAUAACUGGAGAAAAAGACGGACCUCCGAGUAAAGUUGGUGUUGCAGUGACUGAUGUAGCAACAGGUCUUUACGCUCAUGGAGCGAUUUUAGCUGCACUGCUACAACGACAGCGUACUGGUUUGGGACAAAAAAUCGACGUAAAUUUAUUCUCCACUCAAGUUGCUAUGUUGAUAAAUGUCGCAAGUAAUUAUUUAAAUGGUGGUAUUGAUGGAGGACGUUGGGGAACAGCACAUUCUAGUAUUGUACCUUAUCAGGCAUUCAAAACAAGCACAGGUUAUCUAACUGUUGGUGCUGGUAGUGAUGAGCAAUUUAAAGUACUUUGUAAACUGAUGUCAUUAGAAACCUUAAGUGAUAAUCCAAAAUUUAAAACCAAUCAAGAUCGAGUGUGUAAUCGAACAGAACUUAUUGGACUUUUAUCAGUGGAAUUUGCUAAAAACUCUACAGAUUAUUGGAUGGAGAAAUUUGAAAAGUCUCCAUUUCCAGUGGGACCUGUGAAUAGUAUACCGGAAGUUUUUGCUGACAAACAUAUUCAAGAGAUUGGAUUAGUUAAGACAUUGCCACAUCCAUUGGAUGGAAGUGUUAAGGUGGUAGGACCACCAGUUAAGUUUAGUGAAGCUGCGAAUGAUGCUCGCACUGCACCGCCAUGUUUGGGUCAACAUACUGAUGAAGUUUUAAGUGAUGUUCUUAAAUAUUCAAAGACUGACAUUGAAAAAUUACGACGUGAUAGAAUAAUUCAAUGAUGUUGAAGAAGAUUUUAGAUAAUUUGGCAUUUUUGUACAAUGAAAUAAAUCAAAAAUAAUUUUGUAAGGUUGAUAAAAUGUUUUGUUGUUUUAAAUUGGAGACAAAUUUUAGAAAG